GUGUAUUAAGGUUCCGUGUGACACGUCCAUUUUUCUCCUUGGGUGAUGGCUCUGCGAAAUCGCUAGAAGUCAGAGCCAUCCAAGAAAUAUUGUUGACAUUUACGUACACUUCGCGUUUGUUAACUGAGAAUGAGAACUGAGAAUGGCGACCUCCAAAAAAGUUGGAGGCAAAGUAAUUAAGUUAUUUAUUUGAGAGAGUCCGUGCGGGAACAAAUGGAGAAGCCAAAACCUUCGCCAAGGAUACGACAAGCUUCCGGACAGCGAGUUCGCUGAAGUCUUGUUACAGUAAGUGGUUUCAGCUAACGUUCACUAAUUUGUUUUUUGUAAUUUUGUGCAAGUUUGUUUUUGUAUUAACUUAAGCUCAUUUACAGAGUUCUUAUCUUCUGUGCUUUGUCUUGUGUCUUUAGUUCAUGUCUAGAUUAUAAAAAUACAAGGAAAUCUUGGAAAAGAAAGGCCAGCGAUGAUGACAUUUUUCCUAACCUCGACUUUCAUUCAGGUGUGAAAUACAGUUAGUUAGUGUAUUAUCUCUUGAUCUUCAGUGCACAACAGUGAUACUCAGCCCUGAAGGAAAGUAACCUGUCGCUUAUCAGCCGCGGUGGUCCUUUUUUCUUGAGAGUCACGCACGGCGAGCGAAAUGGUAGUCUGCUACACAGCCGUUUUUAGUGUCGUCACGCAACGCUCCUCCCCACUAAGGGCUGCGGAAAAUCGAACCACAUUCCUUUCCCUUAGUUUUUGUGUUCUAACGAACAAACCAAUCAUGUAUAACAAACUUGACAAUACGUGGGCUGCAAGGCGCUAGAAGCGAACACGCUUCUCAGUUUUCGACAAAUCAAUCAAUCGUCGCUGAAUUUUGAUGGGGUCUGUAUCUGCAAGCAAUGAAAAGGUUGUUUCCAGAAAAGUUUGUUUUAAGCGGUUAACAAAAUUCCAAGUGAAAAAAAAAGUUUGAUAGGCUUACAAGACUCUUACCAGGAUCAGUUGGUUCUUUUUAACGUGCAUGUAUGAUGAAUUUCAUGUGCCGGAUGUGCUCAUUGUGUUGUUGAAGACUAAACUCUCAGGGGUACAGAUUCAAACAAAAGCAAUCUUAUCUUAUAAAUUAUCGAUAAGCGAUUUCCCAGAACUAUACCCGGCAAUUUUAUAAGCACAUCCAUGUUGUGCAUCAUAUUUGCUUGACUUGCUUGCUGUUGCUGCUUAUCUCAAAAAUUUUGAAAGGACUCAACUAUGACAACACUACUCUAGUUGAUUGCUUGUUUUCACACGACAAUUUUGAUUGUUCUGUCAUUCACACAUGGGGCAAUGAUAAAAGCAAAGCUGUGAUUGGAGCAGUCACCAUACUGCAAACGUGGCACAAACUCCUUCCAGAAAAUGGGAGCUGAAUUCUAAUUGGCUAAUCGCGGGAAAGGAAUGUGGUUCAGUUUUCAGCAGCCGUUAGUGGGGAGAAGCAUUGCGUGACAACACUAAAAACGGCUGUGUAGCAGACUAGAGGGGAGGAGCAUUGCGUGACGACACUAAAAACAGCCGUGUAGCAGACUAGCAAAAUGGUGAUCAUUAUGCAAAUCAACACUCGCUCAAACUCUCGCUCUCUCUACUAUCAAACGAAAUAUAAGAGACUGUUUGCGGUUUAUUACUGUAGCAGCUUAUAGUUUUUCUUCAGAAGACGUAAAUGUAUCAGAUUUAAUCGUAGGCCAUCCUCUUUUUUCGCCGUUUAGUGUCGUCCAAAUUUUUGGCAUUUUCAAAAAAAUUUACAAAAAACCGACGUAGUUAAACCAUUUUUCACUUGAAAUAAUUCUUUUAAUCUGAAAAAUGAGCAUAGUAACAGCAAAGAGAAAAAACAGGUACAUUUUUUACAGUAUAUUGUGCAUUUUGUUAAUCCAAAUAUGUGAAUUGUUAGCUUGUAACGUCAUCCUGGGAUACCAGGGCCUCCUAUUCUGCGACUUCUUGUUAUUUUUUUUAGCUUUUUUUUUUUUCAAUCCGACCGACUGACCCAAUAUAAGGAAACGCCAUUUGACCCGAAACGAAAAAAAAGGGGAUGGCCUUAUUGUAUAUGAAGGGAAUGUUUUUUGGUGUCCUGCAGGCCAUGGUCAGUUUGUUUUUCCAUAGCAGUUGAUACACGGUAAACUUAUGUUUUAUAUUUUCCUUUAGGUAUUACUGCACCGUUUUGCUCAACCCCAGCUAAGAGAGGAAGGAAAGAGUGCCUGAACAACCGUAUUUACUGAUCUUUGGAGGUGUCUUUUGACAGGUACUGUUUGUAUAAAAUUAUAUGUUUUGAAUCUAAAAAUACUUGUUCACAACUAAAUCAGUAUUAUAUAGUGACUCCAAGCGUUACUGCACCUGGAAAAAAAUUGAGCAUAGUAUUUGCAUUUCAAUCUAGUAGUUUAAUCCAGGUAUUUUGGGUGGGGGGGGGGGAGGGGGAAGGGAACAGUGUCAAUUAAUUGUCUUCACUUGUAUGUUCAUGUGUAUGUUACUCCAGGUGAAGUCAGUUGAUAGAAAUCAGUAACAAUCAAUAAAUCAGUCCUCAUUGAUAUUAUUAGUCCAACUCACAAAUGUUUCUCUUCAUCAAUUUUUUUUAUUGCUAUCGGAAAUCAAUAUCAAUAUUUGAUUGUUAUCAAAUUGCAAUUUUAAAUAUCCUCAUUACUGAUAUUAAUUAUUAUUUUAUUGAUUGACUACAUCUAGUGUUAAAUUUUCUGUAUUUCAAUUAUUUCUCUCAGCUGUGUUGAUAUAACUGGCAUCAAUGUCACUGAGGAGGCAGAAUUAAAACAAAUAUUUGAUCCUUUCUCUCAAACGAGACUAGGAAAUGAGAGCAACCCGUUUGUUGUUGAUGCCAGGGUUGCUCAUGUCCCAGUACAUGAUGACAUUGAAGAUAAUCAAGAAUUUAAUGGCAUGUGAGUCUUACAUUAAUUUAUUCAAGAAGCAUUUCAGGCGAUUCAGGCUAUAAUAUUUUAGUAAAAUCCAACUAGUGGUCUAUUACCAAUGCUGCAUUCUGAUUGGUUGAGCUACUACUAGGCUAUAUGUUAUAGCCUACUAGUAGUGAAAAGCGCCAGUUUUGAAAACCAAAACAAUGGCGGCUGAAUCGUGUUUUGCUAGCGAAAGUUGUUUUGUCUCGAUAUUUUUUACCAACUAGUUGGGUUUUACUAAAACAAUUAUCCUCUCACCCUCAUGGCCUCUGAGUCAAUAGUCCAUUCGGCCUUCAGCCUCAUGGGCUAUUGACUCAGAGCCCAUUCAGGCUUGAGUAAUAAUAUUAUUGUUAAAUAAACUGUUUUGAACGUCUUUUUAUGGUUAGUUAAGGAUCAGUUAAAACCAACUUUUAAGCCCAGUAGAAUGUCUUCAUCUACCUCAACUAUGAUUUGCUGCACUUGUCGCUAACCAGGACAACUAAGUACCAGGGCUCCUUCUUGUUCAGCGGGGCCAAGAUCUGGAACAUGCUUCCCCUGAGGAACAAGCAUAAUAUUAAUAGUUAAGUCUGACCUAAACAUUCACUUCAGAUCCUUUCCAAAUCGAGUGUCUCAUACCUUUGAUAUACUAUUGUGCUAUUUUUAUUUCUAUUGUGUUGCAAGUUGUUUUUCUUUUCUAUCAGAGCCCCAUUUACACAAGUUUUGCUGAAUUGGGCAUUUCCGUAAAAAUAUUGGUAAUAAAUGAACAUUAUAAAUCUCCUAGAGGUUAGAAUUAUAUGUACCACUUGUGCACUGUGUUUUUCCUUAGAUGUGCAUGUUGUGUGUUUAUUGUGAAAUCCAUUUCACUAGGGUAUUUAUUGUUCAUUUCAGGUUGUCAAAGGUCCUACUAGAGGACUGCAGGAUGACAGUGAUGUUGCUGAGAGUGAUGCAUGUAGUGAAGUAGGCAGUGAAGAAGAUGAUGGAGUAGAGGAGAGGCUAGAGCUAAUAUUUGAUCCUUUGUCUUGCCAAGAGACUUCUGAAAAUGAGUGAGAAUUUUUCUGUAUGUUUCUUUAUUGUUUUCAGUUAUCUUGUAAUAUAUUGUUGAAAAGAUGUGCUUUGUAGUUCUGAUAUCAUGUGACUUGUGAAAUUUUUCCACUCAGGAAAAAAAAACUUUCCUAUGAGAAGAUUUUGUACAGUUAAUAAUAAUCAGCUCAUACAUGACAUAGUAUUCUCUUGUUUAGCUAGGUACCCUCCCAUUUUGCAUUUUAUUCCAUGAACUUGAAGUAGACAUGCAGUCAGGUGAACUACGUAAGCAUCUUUUCCCUCACAACUUACAGUGUAUGCACUGUUUCUUGUGAAUUACGUGGCUCAAAAAUCAGCAGCCGGGCCUGCGUCACUCCAUUUCCAUGGUCACUUUUUUCUCCACUCCCUUGCUCACAAGAAAAAAAUCCUGAUCACAGGUUACCAGCUGCCAGCACUUAUUGAGAACCCUGUGUAAGCAUAUACUGUACAGGGUUACUUUAUGGGUUACUGUAUUUGAAAAAUAAACAGGUAGAUAUUUCUACAACACUUUGUUUUUCAGAAACUAUUUCAUGGUUGACUUCAGUGACUAUCCUGAUCAUGAUGAAGCUACUGCUGUGCCAAACAGCAAGGAUGCCGCUCUUACCAUUCUUGUCUCAGAGGCUGAUAGGACUACCUAUCAUGUGGAGACCAUUGCCGAGUUUCAACAUACCUUGCAGAGUGAACUGGAAGAGGUUUACAAAAAAAAACGGGAGAGAGAUAAAAGAGAAUUGGACUUGUCUAAAAAACCAAAAGUGUUGGUCUCUAUUGAUAAGAUCAAAGAAUUGUUUCCAUAG